AUGCAGCGAGCGCGGCAGGUGCCGACUAUGAACGGCGUAUGUGAGCCAGAUCGGUGCACGGACACCGCCGAGGACGUCCUCAAAGACGUGGACUCCCGGGGCUCGCGGAACCACCACAAAGGCCAGUGCAACCCCUGCCGGUACACUGUCAGCGGCGAGCCCUGCCCCCGCGGGCAGCACUGCGAUUGCUGUCACUACCACCACGGCCUGGAGAAGUUCCUCACCAUGACCAUGUACGUGUCCGCGGCGCAGCAGCGACGCCGCUGGGCCGCGGGCCAGGCCGCGGCCGCAGCCCGCGCGCCUCCUGGAGGUGGCAGAGCGGGCGAGCCGCGGCGCGGCGGCAGGGCCGGCGCGGUCGAGCCGCCGUGUGCGGCCGCCUCCACGGUCUGGGGUAUCCUCGCCUCCCCGGCUCGGCGCCGUUGA